AUGGUUCGUAGCGCACUCCAGCGGACGAGCCAGCGGAGGUCGGUUGCAAAACAAAUGUAUCUAACUGUUUGCCCAUAUAAAAAUAUCCGACCGACGCUUGGCGGUUACUUUUCCGCGGCUUGUUUGUUGUGCGACCUGAGCCGCGCUCUCACUCUCCGUCGCGCACUCGCCCUCCCACGACGACGAAUGACGGACGAGACCACCCCACUCAUCCCCACCAAUGAGCGCGGGGCCGGGCCCCGGACGUGCGGCGCUCAGUCGGAAGCCGCUCGGAAGUCGCUCCGCGCCGAUGUGAUCGCCGCGUCCGCUGUCCUCUUCUUCGCCGGCGCGCUCGUCGUGGCGUUCCCGGUCCACAAGCACCCCCACGUGCCGAUGGACUACUACGCGAAGACCGCGUACCCUUACACGCACCUGCGCCUCGGAUCCUACGACGCGAACGACGUGUUGCGGACCGCGAGGGAGGCGCGGGGGUUCGCGCGAACCCCCGAGCGCACGGAGCGUUGGCUCGCCGAUCGAUCCGCGUGGAUGGCGGACCCGGGGGACGCGACGGUGUUCCAGUGGAAGGACGGCGAGUUCACGAUGAACCUGGUCAAGCCGACCGCGUCCGAGCUCGGGAUGUCCGAGGAGCCGGUCACCAGCGACGCGAUGAUCAAGAUGUGGGAGACGCACGAUUACGCGGGUCUCGGCGCCAUGGGCGGCGAGGGCAAGCACGACAGGGUGUUCAAAGCUUUCAGCGCGCUCGUCGUCGGCGCGAUGCACCACGCGCCCGAGCGUUUCAGCGCGGGGCAGCCCCCGUUCCGCGUGGUGACGCACCAGCGCGACUACCUCGCGCCCCCUUGCGUGAGUAACGUCCCGAAGGGGUCGCGGUUCCACCCGUGCCCCGUCGCGAAGGCGUGGCGCGCGCCGGUUUUCAACUUUGGAUCGGCGCUCAAAAACGGCGACGUCUUUCCCGCCGAGGUGAACAUGCCGGACCCCGAGUUCAUCGACGCCGUGUUGAGGAACCGGCGCCCGGCGCAGGCGGAGACAUCCCCGCUGGGCGUGUCCCAGGACGGUCUGGCGCAGGCCACGUACUCAGCUCAGCCCACGCGGCCGUGGAAGGAUCGCGUGGGCGUGAUCGCGUGGCGAGGCGCCGACGUCCCGCACGCGCCGAAGAUGCCCUUCGGCGCCGACUCGGGCGUCCGCGGCGAGGCGUGCGUCUCGCUCCUUCGCUCCGCGGGUUCGAUGCCCGAGGGUGACGUCGGGGCGUACGUCGCCGGGAACCGUUCGGUGGCUUCGCCCGAUCGCGUCACUUCCAAUCAGCUCGCGGCGUGGGCCGGGUCCGAGCGCGGCGGCGACUUCGCGAGGCGGUUAACGCCGAGGUGGCGCGCCGUGCUGGGAUCGCUGUCCCAGUCCCCCGAGGCGUCCGUCUCCCCCGCGGCUGCCGCGCUCGGCAUCUCCCCCGUCUCGGUGCCGAGGAAGAAGCGGUGGCUGGACGCCAGGUUCACCGUUCUCGCGCCCAACGCUCCGUGUUCGUCGGCGCUCCCCGACUCAAUCGUCGGCGCUCGCAUGACACACGACGACAAGAGCGCGCACAAGUACCUCCUGGACAUCGGCGGCGUGGGCGGCUCCGGUUGGAUGGGGACGUUGAGUGACCUGGCCACCGGUGCGCUCGUGUUCCGGGUCGAGUCCCCCACCGCGGACUUUUACGACGGCGAACUGAAGGAGGGUACGCACUACGUGGGCGUGAAGCCGGACCUCUCGGACCUGCGGGAGAAGUACGAGUGGGCGCAGGCGAAUCAGGAGGAGGCGUUCGCGAUCGCCUCCGCGGGCGCCAAGUUCGCGAAGGAGGCAAAUGCGCGUGACCUGUGGGACAGGUUCGUGUCCAGACCGAUGGCGGCGGCGAGGGCGCACUACGACGCUCCCGGGCAGUUGGGCGAGCACGGGCGCUGGGAGGACGAGGGCGCCGAGGAGCUCGAGCGGAACCUCGUGCCCAUCUACAGGUACGCUCCCCAGGGUAACAUCCGGUGCGACGACUGCGAGGAGAGCCGCGCAGUUCUCGGAACGAUCCUGAUGCCCGACGCGGGGAGGGUCGCGCAGCUGGCAUCCGCCGCCGCGGCUGCGAGUGGCGCAUGA